UUUGUUUUUAAAUGAAAUUAAAGUAUUAAAUUUAUAAAAGCUUAGAUAAUGAUGAUAAAUAUGAAAUUAAUUAAAAAUAUUUUGUGUUGCAUUGUUUUAAUUUUAAGAUAAAAUAACCCUGUAAUAUAUCUGCCUAUCAACCUAUAUAUAUCUGCCUAUUUUUGCAGUUGUAAAAUGUUGUAUUCUAUUUUUACAUGCAUGAAAUAUCAAACGGUAGCAACUACUCUUCAUUAUCUGAGAAGUGUUUCCAGAAAUGUAGAGAAUCAUGUACUUAAUGCUGUGAACUAUUUGUCUGGGGAAGUUACGGAAUCCGUUCAUAAGGAUUUCAAACUAUAUGCGAACUUUCUAACGGAGGAUGAAGAAAUUGAACUUAUGAACGAAAUCGAUCCGAUAUUUAAAAGACGACGAUAUCAGUUUGAUCACUGGGAUGGGGCAAUAGAAGGUUAUAGAGAAACUGAAAAAUUGGAAUGGAAUGAAAAAAAUAGCUUUGUCUUACAGAGAGUUAGAGAAUUGGCUUUUCCAAGUGACACUGUGCCUAUGAAACAAAUUCAUAUUCUAGAUCUUGCUAAGAAUGGCUACAUAAAACCACACGUGGAUAGUAUCAAAUUCUGUGGUGAUACCAUAGUUGGGUUGUCACUGCUUUCUUCAUCAGUAAUGAGACUUGUAUCAGAAAAAAAUAAAAAUAUGGUGGUGGACUGCCUCUUACCUAGAAGAUCCCUUUAUGUUAUGAAAGGCUCUGUACGAUAUGAUUUUACUCAUGAAAUAUUGGGUGAAAAGUGUUCUUACUUCAAAGGAAAAUUGAUUGCUAAAGAUCGUCGUGUAUCUGUUAUCUGCAGAAAUGAACCUUUAUCUUAAAUUUCAUUGUACUAUAAAAAAUAUUUCGUCUAUUAAUAAAUAUUUAUUUUUACAUGUC